CAUUUCUUUGUCAGUGGGCAAAAUCAGCAGGGGAUCAAAUACCUUUUCCCCUCACUGUAUAGUAAUGGGAGGAAAUGAUGUGACAUUGCUGCUCCAGGCACCUGAUCAUAGCUUGGAAAACGGGGGCUGAUUAAUGUCACAGGUUGUUAAUAUUUGUUUUAUCGUCUCUGAAGCUGGUAAUUACAAAAAUGUAUAUGUAAUAGGUUUGUGGAUGGGCAUAAGUACGAUAUGCGAUAAGUCACUAAUUGCAGAGUUGGGUUUAAAUAGUUGCAAACAAGAAGACAUACACCACAGCCAAACUUGGAUAGAAGACUUAUGUUCUGCAGCCUGUCAUAUUGCUGCACCACAAUAGUGCAAUCACACAGCCUUAUCGAGACCUGAGCCAUAAUUGUACACCAUGCAUCUUGGCAUUACAAAAUGUCCCUUUUCUUCACCCAGGCCUGUACUAUUGUAAUAUGGAGCACCUACACCACCAUUCAUUUUAUGUACAGGGGUAAAUUAUGUGCUGUGUUUGCUGUCCCUUUGUAUGGUGUGUAUGUAGACAUACAUCUAAGAGGAACAAUUGCGGCAGUUCAGCCUGCUCUGUAAUACGAUAACUGGUGAGCUCUUCACAAUUAUACAGAUCGGUAAAGACUGGGAGAGGCCCCAACCUACUUUUCUGAAGCCCCAGUUCUGGUGCCUCACUUGCUCCACUGGUAGUUUCACCCUUUCUGUACCAGUAGGGAAGGGCCCAUACUUGCCUGGUCCCAGUUUAGGUGCCUCCAUUGCUCCAGUUUUUAUUACCUGUGCUGUAUUCCUUGGAAAGAGCCGGGACAAGCCCCUACCUACCUGAAGCCCCAGUUCUGGUGCCUUUACUGCAGUGGUAGUUGAGCUGUUUCUGUGUUGGUAUGUUUUAUUUUGUGUAGGUUGUGCCUGUACCUUCUGCACCAUCACCAACGUAGUUUACUCGCCCACUUUCGUGCCCUUCUCAAGUUUACGUAAAUUUAGUAUUAUUAUUUUUCUACCAUAGCUAAACAUAAAAGGGACAAAUCUUGUUCAGGCAUCAACUGAAGUUUGGAAAUUUUAGAGACUGAGUGUGCCUAGAGACCAUGCCUGAAUGUGGGUUAGAGACUGGCACGCAAUCCAUGGGUCAUGGAAAAUCUGCCAUAUGGUUGGAAAAUAUGGAUUUUGACGGCUAAUAAGGAGAUACUGUGCCCUCUGCCUGUAAACUGGGUCAGCUUCACACAACAGUCAGAGGAGAUUGAACAAAAUGACCAAAUGUGUAAUUUUGUUCUCCGUGAAGUGGUUAAUAUACUCUCGUGUAACAUUGUUAUAUUAUGGCUUUUGUAAGUGCCAAAUAUCUGUCCUAAUAUUACAUGUUGUGUUUGCCAUCAGUGGCUUAGUUGGGUGUACUCGCCACCUAAUAUUACAUCUUGUGUUUGCCAUCAGUGGCUUAGUUGGGAGUACUCGCCAUCUAAUAUUACAUCUUGUGUUUGCCAUCAGUGGCUUAGUUGGGAGUACUCGCCACCUAAUAUUACAUCUUGUGUUUGCCAUCAGUGGCUUAGUUGGGUGUACUCGUCACCUAAUAUUACAUCUUGUGUUUGCCAUCAGUGGCUUAGUUGGUUGUACUCGUCACCUAAUAUUACAUCUUGUGUUUGCCAUCAGUGGCUUAGUUGGGUGUACUCGUCACCUAAGAUUACAUCUUGUGUUUGCCAUCAGUGGCUUAGUUGGGAGUAUUCGCCACCUAAUAUUACAUCUUGUGUUUGCCAUCAGUGGCUUAGUUGGGUGUACUCGUCACCUAAUAUUACAUCUUGUGUUUGCCAUCAGUGGCUUAGUUGGUUGUACUCGCCACCUAAUAUUACAUGUUGUGUUUGCCAUCAGUGGCUUAGUUGGGUGUACUCCCCACCUAAUAUUACAUCUUGUGUUUGCCAUCAGUGGCUUAGUUGGUUGUACUCGCCACCUAAUAUUACAUCUUGUGUUUGCCAUCAGUGGCUUAGUUGGGAGUACUCGCCACCUAAUAUUACAUGUUGUGUUUGCCAUCAGUGGCUUAGUUGGUUGUACUCGCCACCUAAUAUUACAUGUUGUGUUUGCCAUCAGUGGCUUAGUUGGUUGUACUCGCCACCUAAUAUUAUAUGUUGUGUUUGCCAUCAGUGGCUUAGUUGGGUGUACUCCCCACCUAAUAUUACAUCUUGUGUUUGCCAUCAGUGGCUUAGUUGGUUGUACUCGCCACCUAAUAUUACAUGUUGUGUUUGCCAUCAGUGGCUUAGUUGGGUGUACUCGCCACCCGCAUGUCCUGUGAUUCAUCCCCUGAUGGAAAUAAGUUGGUUUCUCAUUUCCUUCUAGCAUCAGCUGCAGUAUCAACACGCUUUUUUUAAAGUUUCCGUUUAUUAUUAUAUAUAUUUUUUUUUAUUAUUCGGUGUUGAGUCUGUGGCUUGGUUUGUGAGAUAUUUAUCAAUUAACACUGUUUUACGGCAAAUUGUGAGCAAAAUACUUGAAGUUAUACUUUGUCUAACUGCAUCCUCAGAAAUUGUCAUAAGCGGUAUAGGACAGAGAGAGUAAAUUACAGGUAGUAAGUACAAUGUGUAAAUUACUACAAAAAAGGAGCAGAUACCACCUUCUUCCCCCGCUUGUAUCAGAGAUACACUGAACUCCCAUGGCACCUGUAAGAAUUUUAAACUUUCCACUGUAAUAAAAUAGGAUUGACAGCCAAUUACUAUGAGGGCACAUUUACACUUUAGUGACCUGUUGUGGUAUGUUAAAACUCCUUUCUUUGUGGGUUGCAUUAAAGUAAGCCUAGUCAUAAAUCAAUCAGAAAUGCACACAACUUUAUUUUAGCAAGGCAGCACACCACCAUACACAGUAUAUAACACUCCCUGCUGGAGGAGUCCCCCCUGUGUAAGCUCCAGUAUCGGAGCUUACCCAGAGGAAUGAUAUCACUGCCCUCCAUCUGAUGACCAUUGUCACUGACAAUGAAAGAAAGGGAAAAUUCUAAAUUUUAGAGUUGUCUCUAGAACAAACAUGGGGAAAUCUUCCAAUAGGGAUACCUGUCUAAAGAGAGGAAUUUCCCUUCACUGGAAGAUUUCCUCUCUCUUCCUGUUGUUCCUCUGGUGAAGUGAAAUUUCCCCAAUGGUGCACAGACCACAAAAAAUUAUCAAACAGGAAUUUUAACCUACUCCCUGCUCUAUCCAAAUACCGUGUAUACUCAAGUAUAAGCCGACACACCUAAUUUUACCUAAAAAAAAAAA